CUAUUGGCUUGCGGCUCAUGUUGCUUCAGCUGCGAGGCAUUUGCUGUUUUCUGUGGAGUACUGAAGAGACAAAAACCGAAAGUCAGAAAAAGGAACGUCAACAGCAGGGAAGGACGGAUUUUUGUAAAUAAUGGCAAACACGUAUAGAGUCUUGGAUAAAGUUCGUCUGCAAGAUGAAGAGGAAUUUGUGGACAUCCUGGAGGACAAGAGACACUGCAAUGACUUGAGAUUUGCCUUCAGGACCUUUAGUCCUCCACCGUAUAAAGGAGCGCCCGCCUGCUCCUCUGCUGAACUUAACCAAGCCGUGCUGGAGUCUCAGUAUCUUCGCUACGUUAUAAAAGAGGUUGCUUUGGAGACGGAGUCAUCUGUGGAGGAAGUGAGAGACAAAGUAUGCAAAAUUAUGUGGGAAAUGUCUCAAAACUUGCAGCUGAGGUUCAUCAGGCUGAUGGCGUUCACAUUCAGAAAGGUGUUCAAGAGACUCUUCAGUGCCAUUUAUGUCAACAUGGAAGGACUCCAGGCGCUCCAACAAGCCACUCAAGAGUUCCCCGUUAUCCUGAUGCCCAAUCACAGGAGUUACAUCGAUUUCCUUGUUGUCUCCUACAUCUUGUUCAACUACGACAUUCCAGUGCCCGUAAUUGCUGCAGGAAUUCCUCUUGCAGGGAUGAAGAUUGUGGGAGAGAUACUGCGUCGGUCCGGGGCUUUCUUUAUCCGACGUGCCAUUGGCUCUGACAAACUCUACUGGGCUGUGCUGUCAGAAUAUGUUCGAACAAUUGUCAGAACAGGAUUUGCCCCUCUGGAGUUUUUCGUGGAAGGUCUCCGGAGUCGAACACUGAAGUCCCUCCCACCGAAGUUAGGUAUGAUGAACAUGAUCCUGGAACCAUUCUUUAAGGGCGAGGUGUAUGACAUCACCUUGCUGCCCAUCAGUAUAAGCUACGACCGGGUGCUGGAGGAGUCGCUGCUCGCACAUGAGCUACUGGGUGUCCCCAAACCCAGAGAAAGCACCGCGGGUCUACUGAAGGCCAGCAAAGUUCUGCAGGAGAACUACGGCUGCAUGCACGUGAACUUUGGCCGUCCCUUGUCUGUCCGACAGCUGUGUGAGGGCAAGAUAAAUCGCUGCCAGUACAACCUUAUACCUAGGGAUCUUCCUCAGAAACCCAAUGCAGAGGCCCAAGCCUGUGGAAGCUGGCUGGCUCAUAUGAUUGUACGGCUCCAAGAGGAGGGCGCUCUGACCAGCCCCUGGUCUCUGAUGGCCUGCAUCUUGCUCCAGGUUCCUACUACAGUCUUAACAGAAGAGGGUCUGCUGUUUCACCAGCUCACAGAGCAAACCCUCUGGCUCAGGCAGCUGGCGCUGGAUUUUAGGGCUCAUCUUAGCUGGCCUGAAAAAGUCCCAGAUUCAGAUGUGAUGUCUUCCACCGUGGCUCUCCAUCGAUCUGUUGUUUACCGUAAAGCGGGACGUGUCUAUUUGACGCGAAACGAUGAGCUUGAGCGGAAACACUCGAUAGUCCCAGAGGACGACAUGAUGAGGACAGCGGCUGCGUUCCUGAUGCUGGCUUCAUACAGAAAUCAGUGCCUGCAUGUUUUUGUGCGUCCUGCGCUGCUUGCUUUGGCCAUGAGUAUCAGAAAAAGCACAAGGAAAGAUGAGCUCCUCACAUGCUUCUGCUUCCUGCAAGAAGUUUUCUCCAAUGAAUUUGUUUUCAUUCCUGGCAAAUCUUCUCAGGACUUUGAUGAGGCAUGCUCUCUGCUACACGAAUGUAAAGCAGUCCAUGUCAGUCAGUGGGAAGUGACGGAUUCAGACACGGGACUGGAGGUGUUGUCUUUCCUGCAGGAGCUGCUGAAACCCUUCAUAGAGUCCUAUCAGCUGAUGUUCAGAUUCCUCUGUGAGGAGAGAGACUGUGUAUUCAGAGAGAAAGACUUCCUAUCUGGUGUGCGAACUCUGGCUACAAAACUCAUCGUCUCAGGGGAACUCCACACCUAUGAAGCCCUCUCAUCAGACAUGCAGAAAAACGUUUUGUCAUCUCUGCGGAGGCUGGGGGCCAUCAUUAAGAUAGAGAUAUCUGAGAAUAAUGAAUAUAAAGUGAACAAAUCAGCUGUGAGAAGAACUGGAGACAUGCUUGCUGGAAGAAUCCCUCCGCAGAUUGUCCAGGCUGCACCUGAUCCCAGGCUGUAGUCUCAGCUAGAACUGAUCCAUUCUCAUCACUUGAUAGCCGACUUCUGCUCUUCUGGGGCCUCUACAUAUUUUUAUACCGCCCUGCUAAUGACGGAAGUGUAAAACUAAACUUUGUACCACUGUGACUGAAAAAUUGCUGCUUAAACACAAAUUAGGGAUAGUAAGUCAAUGAAAACAUUUGAAUGAAUAAAUCAUUUUUUCAUAUUUAUUAA